ACUUAGGCCUCUUCUAGCCCGGCGCGCUCACCGAGGAGAAGGCCAUGUUCAGUUCGAGCGCGAAGAUCGUGAAGCCCAAUGGUGAGAAGCCGGACGAGUUCGAGUCUGGCAUCUCCCAGGCCCUCCUGGAGCUGGAGAUGAACUCCGACCUCAAAGCGCAGCUCAGGGAGCUCAACAUCACGGCGGCCAAGGAAAUCGAAGUCGGUGGGGGUCGGAAAGCUAUUAUCAUCUUCGUUCCUGUUCCUCAACUGAAGUCUUUCCAGAAAAUCCAAGUCCGGCUAGUCCGCGAGCUGGAGAAAAAGUUCAGCGGGAAGCACGUCGUGUUUAUUGCUCAGAGGAGAAUUCUGCCUAAGCCGACUCGGAAGAGCCGCACAAAAAAUAAGCAGAAGCGUCCCAGGAGCCGCACACUGACCGCCGUGCACGACGCCAUCUUGGAGGACUUGGUUUUCCCCAGCGAGAUCGUGGGCAAAAGGAUCCGGGUGAAGCUGGACGGCAGCCGCCUCAUAAAGGUCCACCUGGACAAGGCGCAGCAGAACAACGUGGAGCACAAGGUCGAAACCUUCUCCGGCGUCUAUAAGAAGCUCACGGGCAAGGACGUUAACUUUGAGUUCCCAGAGUUUCAGUUGUAGAUCAAAGGGAUGAAAUAAAACAUUCACUGGA